CUAGAAACCUUUUCCUUCCUUCCUCAUCUUCUUUCCUUUCCCUUUUCUAACUUUUAUCCAAACAUACCGUUAGUGGUAGGGUUGAUAAAAUAUACUCCUUUCCUAAUUAACUCUCUGUACAAAUGGCGAGUUUCAAGCGAAUGUAAGGGCGCCAAGCUGACUUCUUCUCCCUUGGCCUUUCAUUCACCGUACACUCUCAGCAUCUGCUUCAGCUUCUUAGGUGAAUUUGAGUCUGUUUUCGUCUCUAUUUUUGAGGGAUUUAGCUGAGAUUGUUUGAGUGUAUAAUAUGGAUGGAAGAGGGGAAGAAUACGAUGAGGAGCAAUUUGCUUUCACUUUGAAGAGGAAGGUUAGGUCAAGGAAACUGGAAUUUGUUGGGUGGGGGUCGAAACCUCUCAUUGAGUUUUUGGAAUCAAUUGGUGAGGACACCACCAAACAGAUAUCUCAAUAUGAUGUAGCUGACGUUGUUAAUAAGUAUGUUCAUGACAAUAAUCUUCUUCACCCGUCUAAGAAGAAGAGAAUUGUUUGUGAUGAGAAGCUGCAUUCGGUUUUCGGAAAGAAGACGAUUAGCAGAAUCAAAAUCUAUGAAAUGUUGGAGGCACACUAUGCUGAGAAUCAGGAUGAAUCAGAUUUUGGAUUUUUGUUUGGCUCUGAUGAGGAAAAUGGUGUUACACCGCAGAAAAGUUUGAGUUUGGAGAAAAAGAAACCCCUGAUGCAAAAGGUUCCAGAAAAACCAAAAAGCUGCUUUGCUGCUAUAGUUCCGGAGAAUAUUAAGAUGGUGUAUUUGAAGAAGAGUUUGGUUCAGGAUCUUUUGAAACAUUUUGAAAACUUUGAAGCUAAAGUAGUAGGCUCCUUUGUGAGGAUCAAGUCAGACCCAUAUGACUACCUUCAGAAAAAUUCUCACAUGCUCGUGCAAGUCACAGAUAAGAGUGGAAGUUGGUUGGAUGCAACUUGCCAAGAAUGUCUCCAAGCUUUUGAAAGUGAUCCGCAGUUUUUAGUCCCUCGCCUAUGUAGAUCCUGUAUGCUUAUUUGGCUGAAGAAGACCUCUGGAACUGAUGGUAUGAACACAGAUAUUCUUCUUCAGGUCUCUAAUUGUGUAAAGGACAUUGGGGUUUCCAUGCUUUCAGAUGAUGAUUUCAAACUGGAGGAAUGUGUGGAUCUGCAGCAGAGGGUAAAAAGUAGCCUGCUGAAGAGGCCAACUGUUGUGGAGCUGCAAGAGAAGGCUCAGAUUCUGCAUGAGGAUAUAAUUAAGCACUGGCUUCCAAGAGAAAUUGCUUUGUUACAAAGACUCAUAGAUCGAGCUAAUGAGAAGGGAUGGCGCAAAGAAUAUCCUUUCAAGACACUCAUUAGUUACUGACAGUGCCCUACUUUAAUAGACAGUGCCUUUAAUU